GCCAGCACCUCCUUCAAUGACUUUAAUCCAAGACCAGUUUCAGAGAAAAUUUCCAGGCUGCUGUUUGUGAUGGACAAUAUGGAUAAAGAGGUAUACUCCAUUCGAAAUUUGCCAUCAAUCAGAUACAGAGAGCAGAGUGAGGAAGAUGGAUUGGAAGAUAUGACCCACCUGGAGGAACUCAAUGAAAUCUCCAUUCUUUCCAACUUAAAGAAGAGGUUCAAUAGAGAGCUCAUUUAUACCUACAUUGGCAGCAUUCUUGUCUCUGUAAACCCUUACAAGAUGUACAAUAUCUAUGGUACAGAUGUUGUUCUUCAGUACGAAGGGAGAGCACUGGGAGAGAAUCCUCCCCAUCUAUUUGCAAUUGCAAAUGUGUCUUACACCAAAAUGAUGGAUGCCAAACAGAACCAGUGCAUUAUUAUCAGUGGUGAAAGUGGAUCUGGAAAGACAGAGGCUACAAAGCUUAUUCUGAGGUACCUGGCUGCAAUUCAUCACAAGCGAAACACUACUCAGCAGAUCCUAGAAGCAACCCCCUUGCUGGAAUCCUUUGGAAAUGCCAAAACUGUUCGCAAUGAUAAUUCAAGCAGGUUUGGGAAAUAUGUGGAGAUUUUUCUGGAGGAGGGUGUGAUCAGUGGUGCCAUAACCUCACAAUACCUUCUUGAAAAAUCUAGGAUAGUUUUUCAGGCCAAAAAUGAAAGAAAUUACCAUAUUUUCUAUGAGAUGCUUGCGGGCCUUCCUUCACAACAAAAGCAGAAACUGUACCUUCAGGAACCAGACACAUACUAUUACCUCAAUCAAGGGGGUAACUGUGAGAUUCCUGGGAAGAGUGAUGCUGAAGAUUUCAGAAGGCUCCUCAGUGCCAUGGAGAUUCUUAGCUUCAGUGCUGAGGACAAGAACAGUAUAUUCAAAGUCUUGUCUUCCAUACUCCAUCUUGGGAAUAUAUAUUUUGAAAAAUAUGAGAGUGAUUCCCAGGAAGCAGCAUCUGUUGUGAGUGCCCAAGAGAUCCGCGUUGUAGCUGAGCUUCUUCAAAUCUCUCCAGAAGGAUUGCAGAAAUCAAUUACCUAUAAAGUGACUGAGACAAUGAGAGAGAAAAUCUUCACUCCCUUGACUGUGGAAAGUGCUGUCGAUGCCAGAGAUGCUGUUGCCAAGAUCCUGUACUCCCUUCUGUUCAGCUGGCUCACAGACAGGAUCAAUAAACUUGUGUAUCCCAAGAAUGAAGCUUUAUCAAUAGCUAUUCUUGACAUCUAUGGAUUUGAGGAUCUCAGCUUGAACAGUUUUGAGCAGCUAUGCAUUAAUUAUGCAAAUGAGUACUUGCAGUUCUUUUUCAAUAAGAUUGUUUUCCAGGAAGAACAGGAUGAAUACACAAGAGAACAGAUUCAGUGGAAAGAAAUCAACUUCAAUGACAACCAGCCCUGCAUUGACCUCAUUGCACAAAAGCCUUAUGGAAUUCUUAGAAUUCUGGAUGACCAGAGCUGCUUCCCACAGGCAACAGAUCACAGUUACCUUCAGAAGUGUCACUAUCAUCAUGGUAACAACCCGUUGUACUCCAAGCCAAAAAUGCCACUGCCUGAAUUCACUAUCAGACACUACGCUGGUAAAGUUGCCUACCAGGUCCACAAGUUUCUAGAUAAAAAUCAUGACCAAGUUCGUCAAGAUGUCUUGGAUCUUUUUGUCAAUAGUAAAAUAAAGAUGGUGGCAAAUCUGUUCUCUGGACAUGCUCAGGUCCUCACACAGUCCAGUCUACGUAAAAAUAGUACAGUAACACGAAGGUACCAGGCCCCAACUGUUGCAGCCAAGUUUCAACAGUCACUUAUGGAGUUGGUGGAUAAAAUGGAAAGGUGCAAUCCCUUCUUUGUUCGUUGCAUCAAGCCAAAUAAUAAACAGGAGUCCAGUCUUUUUGAUGUGGAGGUUGUCCAAGUCCAGCUGCGUUAUUCGGGCAUCAUGGAGACAAUUCGCAUUAGAAAAGAAGGGUUUCCUGCCCGAAUAUCAUUCAAUACAUUCUUGAACAGGUACAAAUGUUUACUGGGUCUGAAACACCAUAUUCCACCAGAUGGAGAGAACUGUGUUGCAGUCCUCAAAAAGCUGUGUCCUGCCAAUAAAGGAAUGUUCCAAGUUGGUGUCAGCAAGCUAUUCAUGAAGGAGGAUCUCUAUCAGCUCCUUGAAAGUAAGCGGGAUCGAAUACUCCAUAUGGCUGCUCUUACUCUGCAGCGAUACACCCGUAUGUGGUUUGUUCGCCGACGGUACACCUCUUUGCGCAGGAAGAUUGUCAAGCUUCAGGCUCAUUCUAGGGGAUAUCUGACCAGAAAGCAUUUUGUGAAAAUGAGGGAAAGUCUCAUCAAAUUCCGCUCCUUGAUCCACAUGUAUGUCAAUCGCAAGAGAUACAUCAAGAUGAAGGAAGAAAUUCGUCGGAGAGCAGAAGAACAACAGAAGCAAAUUGAGAUGGAACUUACGAAGAGAGAAGUUGUCAAUGUUACCCAUCUAGCCAUUCCAGCUGAACUUGGAGGUUUACUACAAGAAGCAGGAGCUGUUAAAGAAGUUCAUUCAGAUUGUCUGGCCCUGGUACAGUCUCCUAAAGUGCAGCUUGAAGCACAGCUCACACUGCCACUUGAUAUCAACAACUUCCUCAUCUCUAGAUUCAUACGAUCACAUUUUCAGGAACCUUAUUUUGGUAUGCUUACUAUCCCCCUGGAGUCACCUUUGACCUUAGUGGAAGAUGAACUUAAGCAAGAAGCUUUGAAUAUCUUUGUAAUGGUCAUGCGGUUCAUGGGAGAUCCCCAUCUCAAUGGAGCACAGGAGAACUUGUUUGGGAAUUAUAUUAUCCAGAAGGGACUCUUUGCUGCCAGCCUGAGGGAUGAGAUACUUUCCCAAAUUUCUAACCAAGUGUGGAGGAACCCAAAUGAAAAUAAUGCAGAAAGGGGGUGGCUGCUGCUGGCUGCAUGUCUGAGCUCAUUUGCACCAUCAACUAAGUUGGACAAAUACCUGCUAAAGUUCGUCUCAGACCAUGGCUAUAAUGGGUAUAAAUCAGUGUGCCAACACAAGCUAAUCCAGGCAAUGCAGAAGUCCCAGUAUGGCCCAGAGACAGCAAGAACAUACCCACUGUGCCUGCUAGAGUGGAUGGCUAUUAGAAAGAAAGCCAGCAUGGUGCUACAGGUCCACUGCUUUGAUGGUGAAAGUUUCUUGAGUCCAGUUCAUUCUUGGAGCAUGGGUGAGGAGCUUGCAAGAGAUAUUCUUCGACACAGGUCAGUGUCAGAGGGCUGGAAAGGCUGGUCUGUUUCCAUGAAUGACAAUAACCAAUGGACUGAACUAGCUGGGCAUGACUACGUAAUGGAUUUGAUCUCUGACCUUGAGCUAAUGGCAGACUUUCCUAAACAAAAAUCCUAUUUCCUAAUUUCUUCAGAGGGUCAUACUCGAUCCAGGUCUAAUGCAAAUGUUGUUUUUGGAAAUGGUUUUGAAUCAGAUGAAGAAUCUUCCAUCCCCCAAGCCAUUAAGUCCCCAGUCUUUACACCUUCCAGUCUCCCUGACUCAGAUGGAUAUUUCAGCCAUGUAGAUUCCGAUACCUUCAGUGAGCCUCGAACUCAGAAGGGGUUGGACCGGUAUCUUGAUAGCUUGUUUGAUCCUGUCUUAUCUUAUGGAAAUGGGGAUCUAGAGAAGCCAUCUACUGUCUCUACCAGAAUGAAGGGAGGAGGCCAAACUGGUGACCAGCAGCAUGAUGGACAGAAGCCCAGUAUCAGCACUCCCAUUUCCACAGGACAGAAUACAGCAAUUCAGGUGAUGCCAGUAGGUGGAGAGAUGAGGCCAGGAAUGACUACUGUACCAGCAAUGCCAGUGAUACCAGGCAUGGAUCAGUCCAUGUUGGCACAGCAUCAAGCAUUCAUCAACCAGCAAGCAUUUCUACUGGCUCAACAGAUGACAAUGCAAGUAAUGGCUCUUCAACAGCAGAUGUCUGGACCCACUUCUUCUGCUGGUAAUGUGCCCCCAAGCUCCAGGACCACUGGAUAUCAAGGCACCAGCCAGAGUACCCUUCCUUACAGUGCCACCAACAUAACCCCGAUCCCAAAAGCCAUCACACCUUCUCCACACAAGUCACCCAGAGGUGCAAACCAAGUAAAACCAGCAGCAUCUCCAGUUUCAGUUCUACCAAAGCCAGCAGUGUCAAAACCUGGUUUCCAACCUCCAAGGCAGGGGCCAGUGCGCCACACUGCUGCAAACAUUGAACAUAAUCUUGAACCAACUCAUAACAUCAAGGAUAUCAUCAAGCAAUACCAGCAGCCUUCACCGACAACGAGCCUGGAUCCAGUCCGAAAAGAAGCCGGCAAAGUUUUUGUGAAAAAGAUGGAUCCUCAUGAUGAGGCAAUGAUGAUACUUAAAGGGCAGAUGUCUCCUCAACCUCCAAAGAAAUAUCCAAUAGCUCCUGCCCCUGUUUCCAGAGAUGUAGGACCAAAGGAAACAGUUGCAAUGGUGAAGCCUGUGAGUAGUACAAAGACAAAAAGGUCAAGUCCCCCUGUCCCAGUAGGGUCUUCCCGCAGUAAUUCAGCCAUUACAGCAGUUUCCCGUGAACUUCCCACUGAAGAUGAGAAAAUUCAGACUCAACUACACAGAAGAAGCAGUGAGGAGUAUUACACUUACACCAAUGUCUCCUGGAAAAUCUACAUCCGGAAAGAGGUUUUCUACCCCAAAGACUGCUUUAAUAAUCCCUUGGUCUUGGAUCUCAUCUUCAAACAGAUUGUCAAUGACACUUUUUCAGAUGCAUGUGUAAGGAUUACAAUGGAAGAACGAUUGAAGAUGAGAGCACUUUUAGCUGAGAACAAAGUUGAACUUAGUUCCAUUAUUAAAGAUGAAGACAUCAAGAAGAAGAUUGUUGCUUUUGCUAGAGAUGAUUGGGACAUCUACUUCUCCAGGCUCUUUCCAGCUACUGGAAGUGUGGGAACUGGCAUUCAGAUUCUGGCCACUUCACACAAUGGAGUCAAACUUUUGAAGCUAGUGAAGAGCAGUGGCACACCUACAGAGCAUUUUAAAGUCCUUCGCACAUACAGUUAUACUGACAUCAUGUUUGUAACUAUUCCAUCAAAAAAUAUGCUGGAGUUCAACCUGACCAAUGAGAAGCUGAUACUUUUCUCAGCUAAAGCUCCCCAAGUCAAAAACAUGAUUGACUACUUCAUAACAGAGCUGAAGAAAGAUUCAGACUAUGUUGUUGCAGUGAGAAACUAUAUUACAGAUGAUCGGACAUGUCUCAGCUUCCACAAGGGUGAUAUAAUUCGCCUGCAGUCCAUGGAUGGUCUUGACAGUGGCUGGAAAUUUGGAGCAAUACAUGGCAGGUCAGGGAUUUUUCCCACAGAAUACGUUCAGCCUGUUGCAGCUCCUGAUUUCAUCAAUCUGCCUAUAGACAAGAAAGAGGAGCCCAAGAACAAACAGGGCAAGGUGGCAGCAUCGGCUGCAGUGGCAGUGGCUGUGGCAUCUACUAUGGCAGCCCACGAACUGGACAGAACAGCUGAGGUGUUGCCUCCAGUAAUUGGUUAUGGUGAUCCCACAGAAGACUAUAGCAGUAUUGACAUCGAUGAGAGAGUCUUGCAGGACAGCCAGUACACAAUGGUUGAGUUUGCUAAGAAGUACUUCAGAGAGGCCCAAAGGAGUGCAAGUGAGUCUUACAAACAAAAGUCAAAGAAAGGGAAGGAUGCAAGAGAUCCGGCUGAAAUGGUGAAAUACAACAAGUCUCCCAUUCUGGAGUCUCUAAUCGAUUUCAGUGACAACAGCAUGAACAAAGUGGCAGCAGACAUGUUUCUGGCAAUUAUGAAGUUUAUGGGAGACUAUCCUUUAAAAGGGCAGAAUGAGCAAGAUGUGAUAUGCACCAUUUUAAAGAUAUGUGGAGAAUAUGGAGUGAUGAAAGAUGAAGCUUACUGCCAGGUUAUUAAACAGGUUACCAGCAACACAAGUACAAAACCAGACAGCUGUCCAAGGGGCUGGAGACUUCUUUACAUCUUAACUGCCUACUACAGGUGCUCAGAAGUCCUAAAGCCCUACCUUUUGCGAUUCCUUCAAGACAUGUCUCGAAGUCCGGGGCUUCACUUCCAAGGUAUUUCAAAAGCUUGCGAGCAGAACCUAAAGAAGACUUUCCAGUAUGGUGGCCGAAAGGAGUUUCCCAGUGUAAUGGAACUGAAAGCAAUGGUGGCUGGCCGGAGCUCUAAGCGACAAUUGUUUCUUCUACCUGGAGGAACUGAGAGGCACCUUAAAAUUAAAACAUGUUCAAUUGCCCUUGAUGUCAUUGAAGAGCUCUGCUACGAAAUGGCACUCCACAGACCAGAGGCUAUGGAGGAAUAUGCUGUAUUUGUUGUAACUAACAGGGGCCAAAACGUCCGUCCACUGAACAAGAAGGAAUACAUUUUGGACAUUGCGACAGAAGCCGAGCACACAGACAGCAACUAUACCUUCUGGUUUAGGAGAGUCAUCUGGAUUCAGCCCUUAAAAUUUGACAACGAGCUCUGCGUAACCAUGCAUUACAAUCAGGUCCUUCCAGAUUACCUUAAGGCUCUCCUGAACUUUGUGCCCCAGGGAAAAAUGAGCGAUCAACAGCUGCAGCAAGUUUCAAAGCUGGCCGCCCUGCAACACCGUGCCAAGGACAGCAUUUACCUGCCCACCAUCCGUGAAGUGCAGGAUUCGAUCCCGCCUCAACUGUUUGCACAGCAGCGACCACAACAGUGGCUGAAUAUGGUGACCCAACACAUGCAGCAAGUGCAAGCCUUAAGCCCACACCAAGCUCGGGCGCAGUUCCUCGGUCUGGUGAGUGCGUUCCCAAUGUUCGGAUCUUCCUUCUUCUAUAUUCAGAGCAGUAGCAACAGUUCUGUCCUCGCCCCCUGUAUUCUGGCAGUAAACCAGAAUGGGCUGAAUUUCCUCAGCAAAGAAACACAUGAGCUGUUUGUGAACUUUCCCCUUAAAGAAGUCCAAUCCACCCGCACCCAGAGGCCCACAGCAGGAUCUAGCUUUCCAUAUGUGGAGAUAAUGCUGGGAGACUUGAUGUCGCAGCAGAUUACACAACUUCAACUUGAGCAGGGACUGGAGUUGUGCCGUGUCAUUGCUAUGCACAUGGAAAACCUUUUGUCUGCCCGUGAGAAGCGACUGACCCUCCCCCCAAGCGAAAUCACAUUGCUUUAAGCAGAGGCACACAUCUCAGCCAUAAUCUUCUGGAUGCCUAUGAAGUAGAAUUAUCUGAGGAAAUGAUUUUCCAAGCCAAAUGCAUGAGGCCUUAUGUAGGGCAGCAUCACAAUUUUUUGUGAUGUGCUUCAAACACACCUACAGUAGAAGGUGUUAUACCAGCCCACUGGAGCUCCAAGUCAAGUAUCUUGUGUGUGAAAACAGCACAAUGUCAGCCCUGUGAAGAAAUGAGUAUGGCAGCCAGUAGGGCCACAGCUGGGUUUAUUAUCGGCUGGGAUAAACCUUUGCAGGGGAGCCAAUAAUUCAGGUGAAUUUCUAGUUUGUAAGUACACACCUGGUAGGUACUUAUGUCUGCACUGCUCUUUAAACUGUAAUUUUUACAUUGUGCUUAUUUAUUGUCUUCUCUUUGGACAGUGCAAAAAGUUCAGAGAACACUCAUGCCUAUUGGGAUCAUUCGGGUCUAAUUCUUUCAAGAAGAGAUUUUAUAAACUAAACACAGUAAGAGAUAGAGAUAUUAUAUAUAGAAAAAGCCUUAGAUGACAAUGCCAAAUUUGGUACUUUAGUACUUUAUUUUUUAUGUAAAAAAGCAAUUUUUAAAGUUCAUUUAUUCCUAACAGGACAUUUCUAAUUAGUGAAUAUACUGCUUAUUUUCUUUAUAACUGAUCUGAUCAUCGUUAGUAAAAGUUUAGGUUUAAUGCCAGAUACUUAGUUCAUUAUUUUCACAGACUAUGAAUGUUGUAGUGGGGAAAGGUGUGUUGUUAAAACAAAAGAAAAAAGUUGAAGGCAAAUUAGUAAACAUUUUAGAGUAGAUAAUUGUCUUGAUUUUUUUGUACUUAUCCCAGAUAAAAACUGGAAUCAGCAAUUAACCGAAGAAAGCAAAAUGGUGGGAUGCUUUAUAAUCCAAGUUAAAAAAUCUGUUUUCAAUCAACUGAAAUGGCUGUGGUUGAAUUUAUUGGUUGAGAUUACAGAUGCAGUUGUUCCCAUCUCGUCAAGAGACAGUCCUUGAUUGUCAUUGCAGACCUUAUACACACUGGUGGGUUAGUAGGUAGAAUCGGGUUUUGGGAGGAAGACACAGACAGGUUACCUCCUCUAUAACUGACCACUACACCUCGCGUCCAGCAGGUCGACUUUAGUUAGGUCCCUUUAACCUCCUCCAAUUGGACACAUUCUCAACAAUGUUUUAGGAGUUCCAAAAUAUGAUUUUGAAAAUAGUUUUUCUACCAAAUUUCAUACAGUGGUAUUUUAUGAGGAUACUAGAAGAGCCUCUGACACUUAUCAUCAAUUUCGAAGAAAAAAGUAUUUCUUUUAAGAUUUUUUGGGAACUAAGUCUCCAUAAAAACAGACACCAUAUUCAAAUCUCUCCAGCAAAUUAACAUAGUGAGGUACCAAAGCUCUGUUC